AUGGAUGAGAGCAGUAAUUGUGCAGUGUGGAUGUCUAGGUUGGAGACCCUCCCUCUCUCCCGCAGUGACAUGAACACUCUCGUUAUGGACUAUCUUGUGACAGAAGGCUACAAGGACGCAGCUCAGGUCUUCAUGGACGAAGCAGGAGUACAAAGUCCUAUAAACCUGGAGAGCAUGUCUGAUCGUAUCAAGAUACGGGAAGCUAUGGACCUGGGCAACAUCGACCUAGUUACUCAGAUGAUCAAUGAUUUUGAUCCAGAGCUCCUUGACAUGAAGCCCACUUUGUAUUUCCACCUUCAACAACAGAAGCUGAUCGAACUUAUCAGAUCCAAAAACAUUGAAGAAGCACUGUUGUUCGCCCAGACCGAGUUAGCGCCACAUGGAGAGGACCAUCCUGAAGUUUUAGCUGAGCUGGAGAAGACCAUGUCCCUCUUUGCUUUCUCAGAACCUGAAAACUGCCCUUUCGGUGACCUCUUGAAACCUUCCCAAAAACACAAAGUAGCAGGUGAAUUGAACUCUGCAGUAUUGGAAUCACAAAAUCAGCAAACCACCACCAACCUUCACACCUUGUUAAAGAUACUCCAUUGGUCCCAAGACAUGCUUACUCAGCAAAAGGUGUCUUAUCCCAAAAUGGAAGACAUUUCAUCAGGAAUAAUCAGCAAUUCAACUUGACAGUGCCUAACCAUUGACUAUUUGUUUGAUAGGCCGUUUAUAUCCAACGCAACCAAUUCUAGUCGAACACAGAAAAUAUUGUAUCAGUUGUUGAAUUGUGAAAUGUAGCAUCAAGUAUAGUAAGGGAAUCUAGAAGUACUUACUUUGAUAAUUUGAUAAUCUGAUGAGGUGUGUAGCCGGAUGAUGAGCUACUGCACUUGAUAGAGCUGGAAUGGAACAGAAUAUAUUAUGAGAUGAGUUUGUAUCGAGAAGUUUUAACUGGUAAAGAUAUCUUGCCAGCUAUGAAAUUAUGAAAGACAUGGGUGUUUGUAUAGUUGCUCAAUUUGUUGUCAUUGCUAUUGUACGCUGUUAUUGUUAAAUUUUUGACUAUUUUUUGAGAGUUA